AUGAAUAAAAAUGACUUAUGCUUUUCUGAAUUAAGUGAUGAGAUAACGAAUGUGUCAGUUAAGGAACAGAUUACGCUAUGUGUACGUUUUGUUAAUGGUACUGGAGAAAAUGCCAAAUUAGGCGAGUUUUUUUUGAAGUAUGUUCAAGUACAUAAUUUAACUGGUGAAAAUUUAGCUUCAGCUAUACUUGAAGGUUUAAAUUCUUGCGGAAUUGACUGCUCUAAAAUUUAUGGUCAGGGUUACGAUGAGGCAAGUAAUAUGUCAGAGAAAUUUAAAGGAGUACAAACUAUAAUACGAAAUAAGUAUCCUAGGGCAUUAUAUGUUCACUGUGCUGCCCAUACAUUGAAUUUGGCAGUGUCUUCAUCAUAUGAACAAUAA